AUGAGAAGGAACUCUUUUAUUCGGACCAUUAGCACGUAUACCCGUUACCCGGAUGAGCAGCAAAAACUGUUAUAUCUCGCCUGGUCUGCCGCAUGGCUUCGAAAAGCGGAAGUGGAAGCAGCCCGGGUACAGGGGAUAACCUUAUACGAUCUCAUGCAACGGGCUGCUGCAGCUUUUUUCAAGGUCGUUUGCACCGAGGUUCCAAAUGCAAAGAAGUGGCUGGUGCUCUGCGGAAGCGGGAAUAACGGUGGAGACGGCUUUGAGGUUGCCCGACGAGCCUCCUCCAGGGGAGGAGGCACAUGCGUUACUGUUAUAACUGUGGCCGGUUCCAAACCGCUUCCUCCCGAGGCAGCAGCCGCCUAUGCUGCGUUACAGGAAGAACGUCAAAAACCAGGUGUGGAGAUCGUAAUGAAAGAUGCGCGCACCUGGUUGGAAGAGGGAGCUUCACUCUCCGGUGUGGAUGUAGUUGUGGAUGGCUUGCUAGGUACGGGGAUGGGGGGUGCUCCACGUGGGGAUUACGCAGCGAUAAUCGAUCGUGUGAACGAAUCUGGUAAGCCGUGCUUUGCUAUUGAUAUUCCGUCGGGCUUAGAUGCCGAAACGGGGGACGUGAAGGGCUCAUGUAUACGUGCGGUUCACACCGUCACCUUCAUUGCUGUGAAGCCAGGACUUCUUACAGGGUCUGCACGCAACCAUGUUGGAAAGCUUCACUAUGAUUCCCUAGAUCUCGCUGAUUGGUUGUUGUUACCGGACCAACAGCGUGAUGUAUUUUGCAGGCGACUUGAAAGUUCGCAUCUUUUUCCACUGUUAUCGCGCAGCGAGCCACGAAGGUGUAUUAACAAGGCAAUGAAUGGCAAGUUGUUGGUUGUCGGUGGUGACUCUGGUUUCGGUGGAGCCAUUGCGAUGGCAGCAGAGGCAGCGUUACGAUCUGGCUGUGGUCUCGUUCGAGUUCUUACGCGUGCUGAACAUGCCGCGCCAAUCAUGUGCCGCUGCCCAGAGGUGAUGACUCAGACACUGACGGAGGAAAGUUUGCGGAUGGGACUACAGUGGGCCUCGUGUGUAGCUAUAGGGCCUGGCCUUGGUCAAGGUGCAUGGGGAAUCGAAGCCCUGCGUGUAGUGGAAAUACAUCUCCGGGAGAACAUUAAUGUUCCCUCGGUGUGGGAUGCGGACGCGUUGAAUAUUUUAGCAGCGUUUUCUAGGAAAAGGAAUGAUGGGGAACAACAACCACCGUCUGUACGACUAAAUAACCGUGUCAUAACACCGCACUCUGCUGAGGCCUCCAGACUUCUGGGUUGCACAGUUUCUGAGGUGGAGCAAAAUCGAUAUCGUGCCGCUGAGGAGUUGGUGGCUAGGUACGGUGGGGUCGUUUUGCUCAAAGGGCCUGGAACGGUGCUUCGCAUUGCGGAAGAUGCACGCGUCCCCGUGCCAACGGGGACGGCGGCAGAGCUGCUGUUUCCCGCGUGCGCCGUUGCCGACGUCGGUAACAGCGGCAUGGCCUCUGGAGGCAUGGGAGAUGUUUUGACUGGUAUCAUUGCGGGACUGCUGGCGCAGCAGUUCCCGCUCUGGCAAGCCACCUGUGCGGGGUGCCUUGUGCACGGCACAGCCGCCGAUCUCGCCGCCUCAUCCCAAGGCGGCGAACGUGGGCUUACCGCCACGACACUCUUUAAAUACCUUCCCGUUUGUCUUAAUCCAACACCGGAAGGGUUUCAAGCUUCUCAGUGCUACCUUUAG